AUGGCCACCCCCAAGGCACUCCUCGAGCUCAUCCGGCGCACCGCCCCCGGCCAGACCGCCCAGGCCGAGCACCACCAGCGCACACUCGCCGAACCAGCACAGCCAGCCCCAGCAGACAUCAUCCAGCAGAUCACAAAACAGCUCCCUCCCAGCAGCCACCAGCACUUCACCUCCCUCCUCACCCGACUCAGCCCCCUCCCCCUCCCACGCGAAAAACCAGCCAUCCUCACAUUCCUACUCGCACUCACGAACCACCAACAACCACCACCACCACCACCACCACCACCACCCACCCUCGACGCCCUGCCCCAGCCAGACCCCGCCCGCCCAUCCGCCGCCCACAAGCUCAGGCUGUACCGCGCCCAGCAUGGCUUCCCCGCCCAUCUGCCCGAACACCUCCUGCUCAGGGACAUGGUCUACCUGCUCCAGGGCAUCGACGGCCGGCACAUCCACUUCAAGGCCUCCAACCCCCACGACGAGAGCUGGGAGGAGGGCGGGAUCGGCUUCCUCGAGCCCGCCGACCGCCAGCUCAUCAUCCCCCUCCCCCAGCGGGACCUCCUCCUCAAGCUCUCCGAGCUCGGCUGGCUCUACACCAAGAUCCGCGCCGCCACCGACCACCCGCCCCCGCCGGAGAGCACCAGCACCCCGGGCACCGUCCAGCAGGCCUUCGCCUUCGCACUCACCGAGGAACUCGCCCUCUACUACCGCGCCAUCGCCAUCAUCCAGUCCCACCUAACCGCCCAGCCGACCACCACCACCCUCUCCGCCAAGGCACUCCUCCUCCACCUCGCCCCCACCGUCCUCAGGCUCAGGAUGGCCGCCGCACUCAUCUCCGCCACCAAGCACACCCGUGGGGGGCAGAUGAUCUCCGUGCUCCACUCCUACACCCACCACGGCGACCCCCUCGUCCACCUCUUCACCUCCAACCUGCUCGACAAGGUCUCCGUCCCCUGGUUCAACACCCUCGUCAGCUGGAUCUGCCACGGCGAACUGCUCGACCCCGCUCAGGAGUUCUUCAUCGCCAGGAACACCGCCUACGCCCCCGAUCACCACUGCCCGGCCGACGGCUGGAACGUCUGGCAGAACAAAUUCAGCUUCCGCAAGGAGAUGGUCCCGAGCUUCAUCAGCGAAGGCUUUGCACGCAAGAUAUUCUCGACGGGCAAAUCCUUGAACUUCAUCAGACACUCCUGCGGGGACUACGAGUGGCACCAGACCCGUCUGAACAUCUCCCAAGCCUCUUCCAAGGCCUCGCUGCACUACAAGGACAUCGCCGGGCUACAGCAGACGAUCGAAUCCACCUACGCCAUCGCCACCCGGCGUCUCUUCAACAUCUUCUUCAUCAAGCUCAAGCUGCUCGACCACUUCAAGGCCGUCAAGGACUAUCUGCUGCUCGGCCGGGGGGACUUCAUCAGUCUGCUCAUCGACUCCCUCGGCCCCAGCCUCAACAGGCCCGCCAACACCCUCUACCGCCACAACCUCACCGCCACCCUCGAGUCCGCCAUCAGAGCUACCAGCGACGAGCGCCUCCUGCUCAACAGACUCGACGUCCGCAUGCUCGAACUCAGCCCCCUCGAGUCCGGCUGGGAGGUCUUCAUGCUCGAGUACAAGACCGAGCGCCCCCUCGACGUCGUCCUCUCCGCCGCCGCCAUGGAGAAGUACAUGCGCAUGUUCAGGGUGCUCUGGAAGAUGAAGCGGCUCGAAUACUCGCUCGACCGCGCCUGGAAGCUCGUCAUCCUCGGCGUCAAUCGCGCCCUCAAACAUCUGCACUUUCUCAGGGACGACUUCCACCGCGCCAGACUGGUGAUCUCCGAGAUGAUCCACUUCAUCCGCCAGCUCCAGUCCUACUGCCACCUCGAAGUCAUCGACUGCGGCUGGCAGGAGUUCGAGAAGAAGCUGAUGAGCGAGGGCGGCGACCUGGACUCGCUCAUCGAGGGCCACUCGGCCUACUUGGACCGGCUGGUCUCCAAGGGCCUGUUGCUCAGCACCCGCGCCGGCAAAGAGAACACGUGCCUCUUGUUGGCUGAGGAAUGCUUCAAAGUGAUCCUCGAGUACAAAGACUCCAUCGACAACCUGUAUGCGUACGGGCUCGCGAGAUCCGCGCGUCUAGAAACGAGCCAGCCGCGAGCGGCCCGGUCCAAGUACGCGAGCAGGGAGGACUCGGACGACGACGCGGGCGCCGCCGGCGACGGCUCGCUCGAUGGGCACGAGGACGCGUCCGCGGGAGACGCGAGCUCCGCUAUCCAGCUCGAGUCUAUCCGGAUCACCCUCGCCAACCAUUCGCGCAGGUUCACCGAGCUCGUCCUCGACCUCAUCUCCGCGCUCUCGACCCAACAAGACUCCGACAUGAAGUUCCUGGCCGUCAGACUCAACUUCUCGCUCUUCUACAUGCGCACCACCAAGGCCUCUUCCAAUCCUGCGACUGCUGCCGGGGGCCCGCCCCCGCCCGCCCAGCCGCCCCCGUCGAGAUCGACGGCCUCCACGAACGCCCAUCUGCGCUCCUCGUCGCAUCUCCAUCGCCCGCUCUCCUCCCAAUACCUCUCGUGUGCGACGUUCUGCGCGUCCACUUUGGCCAUCUCCGCCCUCCUCCCUGCCGGCGGCGCCAACACCGCAAAUGCACACAUCCUGCCACUCUGGCUCUAG